GGUGAUAUGGGAUUACCAGGAGCAAAGGGAGCUGUUGGUAAUCCUGGAGAUCCUGGUUCCCGGGGGCCUGAGGGAAGUCGGGGACUGCCUGGCAUGGAAGGGCCACGAGGCUCACCUGGACCACGGGGCUUGCAGGGUGAACAGGGUGCCCCAGGUCUGCCUGGCAGCCAAGGGAAAAGAACCAACUGAUCAGCACAUUAAGCAAGUUUGCAUGAGAGUCAUGCAAGAACAACUAGCUCAGCUGGCAGCCAGUCUGAGGAGGCCAGAAUUUGGGGCUCCAGGUCUUCCUGGCCGACCGGGGCCACCAGGUGCUCCAGGGCCUGCUGGUGAGAAUGGCUUCCCAGGACAGCUUGGACCUCGUGGCUUGCCUGGCCUUAAAGGUCCCCCUGGGGAGAUUGGUCGUAAAGGUCCUAAAGGUGAACCUGGAGAAAGAGGAGAAAGAGGAUUUCCAGGCAGAGGGCUGAAAGGUUACCCUGGACCACGAGGUCUUCCAG